UUUUCAACUCAGUUCAAAAUUGAAUGUGCAACUGAUCGCAUGAAAUUUGUGUUUUUUAUCCUGUACAAAUUUCGUGUGUAAAGCAGAGUGAUAAGAGAUAUUAAGCAAAUAAAUUGUGUUUGAAUAGUAUAGUUAGGAUUUAUUCGGUUUCAAUAAAUAAAAGUUCGAGUACAUUUUACACAAAAAACGAAUGAAAGAUUAAAAAUGCAUAGUACAUUGUUAGAUGAGCUUACGUAUGAUGAAGUUUCUAAAUAAAUAAUGUAAAACGAAUUAAUAUCGCCGUAAAUGACGUCUACAAAUGUAUGUCUCUCAACCAAAAUGGCUAUGUUGUUGUCGAAGAUUUCCUUACACCAACCGAAGUCGAUGAACUUUAUUUAGCUGGCCGCGGUCUUUGUCUGGAUGCCCCUAAAGAAAAUCGGAAAAUUUUCAGUACAGUAAAUCAAAAAGAUGCUCAUAGCAGAGAAACAUAUUUUCUUGAUUCAGGUGACAAAGUUCGUUUUUUUUUCGAGGAAGGUGCUUUCGGUGAAAGUGGUGAAUUAUUGGUAGAUCCUAUGAUGGCUUUAAACAAAGUAGGGCAUUACUUGCAUGUUCAACAUCCUAUUUUUAACAAGAUAACAUUUAGUGAUCGUGUUAAGGAGGUGUGUUUGCAGUUGAACUUCAAUAAACCGGCUGUUUGCCAAAGCAUGUAUAUCUACAAGAACCCAGGUAUUGGCGGCGAAGUUAUAUCACACCAGGAUUCUUGGUUUUUGCACACUGAACCAAAUUCUGUAAUUGGUUUUUGGUUCGCACUCGAAGAUUGCACUAUUCAAAAUGGGUGUUUACAAGUUAUAAAGGGAUCCCAUAAAAGUGGUAUUCACCGUCAUUACAAACGAAAUCCAGAAAAGGGAGCUAAUCAGUUACUUGUUUACGAUCGUCCAGCACCAAUAUAUCCAGAAUCAAGUUAUACACCAUUGCUCGUUGACAAAGGUACCUGCAUUCUUAUACAUGGCAAUGUGGUGCAUAAAAGUGAACAAAAUCAUUCCCAAAAGAGCCGACAUGCUUACACUUUCCAUGUCAUUGAGACGGAGAAUAAUGUGCAGUAUUCUGAAGAUAAUUGGCUGCAACCGCAAAAAAAUAAUCCUUUUCCUAUUUUGUUUGAGAGAAAGAAUUAAAUCACAUAUGUAUCUCUCAACAAAUUAUAUUUAACGUACGUAUAUAUUGUAUAUUGUACAAGCUCAAAUAUAAUACAUUAAAGUAUGCAUCCAUUUUCUGAAAUUAAAUAAUUAAUUUUUAAAAAAUUGUAUAAAAAACUAAAGGCCCGAUUCGUAUUUUGCUAUAUAUAAAGAGAAAUAAAAAAAAAUUAUUUUAACAACAACACUUGAUCUCCUUUCUACACGUUUUUUUUUAAACGGUGUGUUUGUACACCUCCUAGUUACCAUAUUUUACGCGGUUUUACUUUUUUAAACGGAUUUUUCAUUAUAAUUAUAUAAUAUACAUGAACUUUUUUUAUUUUUUUAACAUUCCCAUAAUAAUUGUUGUUUCUUCCUUUUAAAAGUAAUAUAUAUAAAUACAUAUAAUACCAUACAAGUCUGCAGUGUAAAUUCUCAUUGUACGAAUAGAUAGAUUUUCAUGUAAAAUUAUAUCUAUUUUACACGUUUUCUAUUCUUUGCAGAUUUUUUUUUUAUUGAUCCUAAUAGUGAGUUCAAUAUUAAAAUUUAAUUUUUAUUGCACGGGUUAUUUACUGUCCCAGUUAACCGUGCAUAAAUGAGAUCAAGUGUAUAUUUGUCAUAUUGUAUAUGUAUUACCCUUGAAUAUAAUCUUUUAUACAAGGAUUUUGCAUUGUUUCUUAAAUUUUUAAUUUUUAUUAGCAUAUACUAACAGAUAUAAAUAAAACUGCAAAUAGUUCAACCGAG